CCUGCGGGUCAUAUCUCCGGGAACCCAGCGCGGGCCCUGCCUCCCGGACACACGACGCUCACGUAGUCCGGUGGCGGCAGCCUCCCCGGCCACCUCCUUCCAGGCGCUCCGAUGCGACGAGCCAGCCGCAGAGGGGGCUUCCCCACGGCCCGAAAGGGUUCUCGCCUGUUCCUCUAACCCCAUGAUGGCUGUGGACAUCGAGUACAGAUACAGCUGCAUGGCCCCCUCCCUGCGCAGAGAGAGGUUCACCUUCAAGACGUCGCCAAAGCCGAGCGAACCACUGAGGCCUUGCAUUCAGCUGAGCAGCAAGAAUGAAGCCAGCGGGGUGGUGGCCCCCACCGUCCAGGAGAAAAAGGUGAAAAAGAGGGUGUCCUUCGCAGACAACCAAGGGCUGGCCCUGACUAUGGUCAAAGUGUUCUCAGAAUUUGAUGAGCCGUUAGAUAUUCCAUUUAACAUCACUGAGCUCCUAGACAACCUUGUGAGCCUGACGAGCCCGGAGAGCGAGAGCUUCGUUUUGGAUUUCACGCAGCCUUCCGCCGACUACUUGGACUUCCGAAAUCGGCUUCAGGCCGACCACGUAUGCCUCGAAAACUGUGUCCUGAAGGACAGAGCCAUCGCAGGCACAGUGAAGGUGCAGAACCUGGCAUUCGAGAAGAUGGUGAAAAUAAGAAUGACAUUUGACACCUGGAAAAGCUUCACAGACUUUCCCUGUCGGUACGUGAAGGACACGUACGCCGGUUCAGACCGGGACACUUUCUCCUUUGACAUUAGCUUACCUGAGAAAAUCCAGUCUUACGAGAGGAUGGAGUUUGCCGUGUGCUUCGAGUGCAGCGGACAGACUUACUGGGACAGUAACAAGGGCAAAAACUAUAGGAUCACCCGAGCCGAACUGAAGUCCGCUCAGGGAACAGCCGAGCCACAAAACGGACCAGAUUUUGGGAUAUCCUUUGACCAGUUUGGAAGCCCUCGGUGUUCCUACGGUCUGUUCCCAGAGUGGCCUAGUUACUUAGGAUACGAAAAGCUAGGGCCCUACUAUUAGUGACCGUGUGUGAUGGAGCGCAGGGAAGCCUCGCUGCAGUCGCAGGCAGGUGGAGAUGGAAGCCAGGAUGAAAGGUGAACUGCCGUUAUGCACGGUCUUUGCAAAGAAAGGAUCCUAUUCACUUUUUUCUUAAGCCAGCAAAACCAGACAGGCUGAGAUCACAGGACCGGUUUCACACUCAGAGUAGAUGUGGAGUGCCCGGUCUGCUUGGCACCCAGGGUGGCCACGAGCACCAUAGAGGUGCUGGAAGAGCCUUGGGCAGGAACCAGGCCUGCAGGCAUUGCCGGCGAAGCUGAAGGAGGCAACGAGGAGUGUGCCCUGGCUUCCUGGAGGAGCCACUCCUCUCUCCCCUGGGAUGUGCAAAGUCAGCCACCUGAAAGUCACUCCAUCCCCAGCCAUUUCCCACUGGACCUCUGCCGUUCAUUUAUUGGGUGCUCUCCACCCAGCCGGGUCCUUCCUGCCUGUUGAUGUGGCUCUGUGUCCACAGCAUGUACCUCACGCUUGAUCUCUGUGUUUUGUUUUUUGGGUUUGCUUUUUUUUUUUUUUUCAUUUUGUUUUCUCCACAGUUCAUCUAAUGUUCAGGAAAAGAUAAUCAAGGCAAAUUAUUAGCCUGUGACAGAAGCAGGCACUUCCUCUUUCUGACCCUGCAUCUGUUUUCCAGCAGAGAUCACCGUCUGAGUUAUCAAAAGUAACUGGCUCCUGCACCGGGUUAUUAGACUUCUGGCAGGCAGGACAGUCUGAGUGGGACACUUGCAGCUUUUCCUCUUGGCUUUCGAAGUACUCACUCCUACCCUGAGUCACCAGAUAGCUCAAUUACAAGAUUUGUUUGAACUCGCUCAGCUGGUUUGCAGGCAUCCCAUGCUUCACAAAGGGAUUUUAGACUCUCCUUCCUAGAGAGCCCUCCUUCAUGCUGUGUUAGGACAUUUUGACUUGCAGAUCCCAUAUAUCCUCAGAGCCUUUGGUGAAUGUUUGGUUUUACUUUGACUGUGAUCUGCGAUAUCCAGGACUCUUUACAAGCACCCGGGGACUUUGAUUUGGGUGUUCUUAUUUAUGACGUGUGAGUAUAUAUAAAGGGACAGAGGAGAAAACCCUUACCAAGUUCUCAUAUUUUAUUUUCAAUGUUUGGCAACUCUGAAAUAUCAGAGAUUAAUUGUUCUUAACCAUAUUGGACAAUGAAUUAAAAGUCUGUUGGUUCAUACUGUCAUGAGACUCUUGGGACUUUCACUGACAGAUGGAUCCCCAAACCCUGUGAUUUUUUUCUUGGGGAAGAUUGGUUUGUACUGGGGCAGGGGUGUAAAAAAUAUUUUUACAUAUAUAUUUGGAGAAGAUUGGGUUGUUUUUUUUUUUUUUUUUUUCUGUUUUGCUUUUGGAGCUUAAUUAAAUGUUUUAUUUUCCAUUUGCCUGAUCUUAGGAAAGGCUAUCCACAGCUGCCUGGAUUUGGAGGCACAGCUACUGGACCCUGCAAGCAGAGUCUUCUUUUGCUUGCAUGUUCCAGAUCAAUUAGAAAAGACCUCCUGGUUUCUGUGGCUCGGGUCUUUUUUUUUCCCCCUUCUUUUUUGAACUUUAAAAUGUUUUGAUUUUUUAAAUGUUCUUAAGUGAUAUUUGAUGUAAUUCUUGUUCCUAAAACUGGCUGUUACUAGUCUGCAAUCGAGUGCUUUAUUUUUUAUGCCUCUCCCAGAUGGGUAGGACUUGGGGAUUACAUAAUUUAUGGGAAAGUUGCAUUUUUAUCUUAUGCUGAAAUUGGGCAGAACUGUGUUCUUUCUAAACCUGUCUUAUAUCACGUACGCAAACGGUAUGUUCAGUGUUACAAAUACGGUGAUCAGAACUAUUGACAGUGCAAAUCAAAAUCAAAGGGAAACAAACCAUUGUAGAUAGGUCGUGAAUUUGUUUUGUUUUAAGAAGUCCAGUUCCUCCUCCUCCAAGUCAGGAAAGGUACAAGGUGCACUGCCAUUGACAGGUUACCAGACUAAGAGUAACAAGACCAUCUAUAUUCAAAAGAAAAAUGCCUCAAGAGUCUCCUGUUUGGUUUUCAGUAAUGAUGAUCUUAAGACAUUCCCACGUCAAAAGUUGAAAUAUGGUAAUUCAGCGAUAAAUAUCUCUUAAAACAGCCAUAAACUCCCCUGCCCCUGUUCCUUCCUCCCAGCUUACCCCAGCUUUUUUGCUGGGGGCACUGGCUGCAAACUACCCCGCCUCUACUGCCAGUCCACCUGGGAUGCUCGCCCUACCAGGCAAGUCCUCACCUGCUCCCAAAGACCCUCCUCUGACUAGAGAAUGUGGUUGCAAGACUCCCCUGUCAGCAUCAUGGUUCAGGGAGGCAGAGACAUCGGAAGAAUACUGUCUUUUUUUCACCAGUCGGUCUCUCUCCCUUGGGCCCAGUUUUGUCCCAGAAUAUCAGCAGGGGCCUGGGAUCUACAGAACCGCUCCUUAUAUCCGGAGCUCACCAUCAGUAAACAGGUCUACACACUUCAGACUGUAUAGGUUUCUUAGUUGGAGACGUCAUUGCGGCCUGGCUUGGGGGUUUCCCCCUCAUGCAGCUGCUGCUUAUGGUGACAAAUGUCCCCUGCCCCCCACAGCCCCAAUGCCCUUUCCAAGUUGCCCCCAAAGGAUGGGCCUCCCACCACUGGUGCUGUUGUCCAGAAAUAGGGAAGCAGCUUCAUUUCGUUUCCUAUUUAUUUCCCCCAAAUGCCCUGGGGAGCAUUCGCAAAUUAGGUGCAAUAAAUAAGCUGGACUAUAGAAAGAUACGUAAUAAAUAAGCUUUCAGUAUUUCCUGGAAGAAAGGAAGCAUUUGAAUGGGUUUCUUUUUAUUUUUAUUUUUUUAAGUAUUCUGAUGAUAGGGGAACUGGUGAGAAAUAAUAGGAGUUCUGUAGUUCUCCAGAAAUCAAAACCAUUUCAGAGUCAACGUAGAACUUGUUUUUUUUCUCUAAGCUUUCAUUUUACUGGUGGCAAAACAUUACUCUUUCAAAGUCCUUUCAAGAUGUAAAUUUCGAACUGCUGAAAGAAUGUUUUGUGGUUUUGAUCUCUGCAUAUAAUUUGCUUUUAAAAAACAAGCAUUACUAUAGUCACUUGGAUGUUAAAUGGGUUACAUAUAUGUUUAUAAGCCAAAAAAAAAAAAAAAAGUGCCAUCUUCUGGGUCUUCCCUCUCGGUGGACAGUGAAUGAAAGAAAACCUUGACUGUUCUUCAUUUGUUUCCUCAUUUAAAAUUCCUCCGCUGGGUGCGGUUUGCCAGGGUAGGCCUCCUGGCUCUCUGCUCUGGGAGGCCCCCAUCGCGAUCACUGAGAGUGAGCAUAAAAAGUCACAAGUGUAAUGGGAUCUUAGGUGUCAUCGAAGACAUUCUGGCGGCUUCUCUGCACUUCCUCAAGUGGAACAUAUGGUAAAGCAUUACAGCCCCGCUGGUCAAGCUGUGAAGGGCGCUGCAGUUUCAGUUCCCGGUUCCUAGAGCCCGCUGAUGCUGUGGGGACUCCAGGAAGGCAGCUGUGACGACGGUGUUUCACUAGGACCGCAGCGUGAAUGUACACCCGAAGGCUCGUCUUCAUCCGAUGCCUGAAAGUGCCUUGUCAAGAAAUGUCCGCGCGUUUUAAAAUAAAUAAAUAUUUUUGUACACAAAGUUAAAAGGGAAAUGCACUUUAAAAUCCCAAGGAUCGAUGUCUUUUGUGUGGUCUAAGAGAGUGGAUGGUUCGGCUCUCAAACACAAACAUGGAAUAAAGGUAGAAAACACAAAA